AAUCACAUCCACCACUAAUAAUGACCUGAUGUGUCUGUUGUGCAGCCUACACAGAGCUGGCCAUGAGCACAGUGAAACAGACCCAGGCCAUCCCCUUCACUGGACCUUACUCGCUGCUCGUCUGCCAUCUGAGGAAUCUUACUGGUGAUGUGGAGGAGCUGGAUGGAACCGAGAAGAACACUUUAAAGAUCUUUAAAAACAUCACUCUGAUCCAUGAGGCUGGCAUGGUGCUGCUGGAGUGGAUAGCUAACCCUCUCAAUGACAUGUAUGCUGAUGCUGUCACCACCGUGGUACUGGAAGUCCAAUCAAACCCAAAGGCUCAAAAAGUGAUGGAGACUCAGAGUGCCAUUAUGGACAUGGAUGUCUUCCAAACCCGGCUAGAAGUCAUGCUGCAGGACAUGUUUGGAGGAGAAUGUGUGGACUUCAGUGAUGGUAAAAACAUGUGUGUGACAGUAGAUGGGAAGACAGUUCACAUUUGCUUGGAAACAAGGCUUGUGUCCUACGAGGAUGAAUGCACAGAGGAUGACUCGCUGAGAGAGAUGGUAGAACUGGCGGUGCAGCGGCUCUACGAUGCCCUGAACCCAGUUAUCUGAGAACGGAGACGUGUUUGGUACCAGUUUGACUUUAAUGAAGAAGUCUCUCAGGCUUUGUCAUCACUGAUAACUCCGAAAAAAAAUAUAGUUUUUUUACACAUUUCGACAAGAAUUAAUGUGACUUCUAUCAAUGUAAAAGAAUUAGUGUGCUCUCUUACUAAUUAGACAUAAAAAAGCAGAUUUGUUAAAGUGCAACUACUUUGUAAGUGAAGAAAAUAAGCUAUGUAGUGCGGUUUUUAUAGAUGUUUUUAAUGCAGGCACUUUUAAUGUUAAGUCCAUUGUAUUCAUGUGUAGAUGUACUGUAAGUUUUGUUUGACUUAUUAAUAUGCACUGAUUUAACUGACUGUAACGUGAACUGUGAAUUUCUAAAUGCACUUAAUGUGUUCACUGAAUAAUAUAUAAAUGAGACUUCAAAAAAAUA